AGACAGACUUGAGAUUGAUAGCUACCUACUACAUGAGACCACAUGCAAGCGUGACAAGCUUGACAAGUGUGUCAUCGGUAUGACUCUGCCAUUCACCCACACACUGAGUCCGUACUUAAGUACGUACAUAAGUACUUACAAGACUGGUCUUCCCACUGUCGAAAGUUCCCCCCUACUCCAAAAAAAUGUGAGCCAUGUCCGAUUCUUACUUGUGGCUAAUAUUGGGAACUAGUACCUGGUCAGCAGGACAGCAAAAUCAAUACACUGGAAGUCUCGACCUCAGCCCUAGACCUGGAGUUUAGAGUCCCUGUUCCGCCACGCGUAAUUCGAUCGAUCAUCGCCAGGCGAUCCACAAACCGGCUGUCGAGACUUGACCAGCCUCAAUUUGGCCACCUCGGAAGGCCUGUGCCUUGUCCGCAUCAAAGCCCAUAAAUCGGAACCUUGUUGACCAGAUCCACGUGCGAAAGUCUAAUCCGACGUCAUGAGUGCCCCUGACAGCAGCCAGCCUGGGCAUAAGCCUGGACCUCGCUCGCUCUCCACCAUCCCGGAUGAGCAGACCCCUUUGAUUGGGAACAACACCGCAUCAUUGCACCCGGGAUCUCAUCAGAGACCAGCAGAUGGGGACGUCGACGGCGAAUAUGACGAUGACGAUGACGAUGACGAUAUCGACCCGGACGAGUUUGACUUGCUGCUCACUCGCUCGUCCUCGUACGCGACUGGGCUGCUCGGCCCCGAGGCGAACGAGACCCCGCUUCUCCGAGGGGACCGCAAACACAGCAGCAACAGCAGGGCAGGCCGACUCCCUCAUAUCUUCUCCAGCCGGCGGGCAUCUGUGGCGAGCGAGGCCCUCGAGGACGGGGUGGUCGCCGAGCUGGAGCGGGCACCCCUCUUCCUCGGGGGCAUUUCUCGUGGCCGCUUCUGGUGGAUCUUCGGCAUCGUCCUAGCACUUCACUUUGUCUCGUGCUUCGACGGCACCAUCAUGGCCUCGUCGCACCCCGUCAUAACCUCGUACUUUCAGAGCUCAAACUCUGCCUCGUGGCUGUCAACCGCCUUCCUGCUCACCUCCACCGCCUUCCAGCCGCUGCUGGGCAGCCUUUCCGACACGGUCGGCCGAAAAGGCCCCUAUCUUAUCACCACAGCAAUCUUCGCCCUGGCAACACUCUGGUGUGCCCUCGCACAGAGUAUGGCGAGCUUCAUUGCCGCUCGGGCUGUCUGUGGUAUCGGGGCCGGUGGGGUCAUGACCCUGGGAAGCAUCAUCGUCUCGGAUCUGGUGCCUAUCGAAAGGCGAGGUGCAUAUCAGUCUUACAUCAACAUGGUGUACGGCGUCGCAUCGACGUCCGGCGCCGCUCUUGGUGGCUUCCUUGCGGAGAAUAUAGGCUGGCGCGCAGAGUUCGGCAUCCAGGUGCCCCCGUUGUUCCUCUGCGUCGGCGUCGCUGCCAUCACAAUCCCCAGCGAUCUUGGCAUGGACGUGCAGGCCCACAAGGAAACAAUGCUGCAAGCCAUGAAGCAGUUCGACUUCAGGGGUUCUUUCUUCCUGACGACUUCCAUCACCUUCCUCAUCCUCGGCCUGAAUCUCGGCGGCAACAUCCUGUCCUGGUCACACCCAUUUGUUAUCACAUCGCUAGCUAUUUUCGCCGCGACCUUCCCGUUGUUCCUAUGGACCGAGAGGUCUGCAUCGAGACCCAUUAUGCCUCUCCGCCUAAUACAACGAUCGCCCCACGCCAACAUGAUAUUCGGCAAUUUCCUCGCCGCAUUCAUCAUGAACACUGUGCUGUUCAACAUGCCCCUUUACUUCCAGGCCGUGCUUCUCACCUCGGCCACAACGAGUGGGCUGUGUCUUAUGGUCCCAACCAUUGUGUCUAGCAGCUGUGGCACUGCGACCGGCUUUCUGGCUACUUGGACCAAGCGCUUGAAAUGGCCUCUCGUGCUCGGCGCAGUCUCGUUCUUUGUUGGGACGGUCGUGCUCUCAUCUAUGCAGCGAGGUUGGCCGCUCUUUGUCUACCUGAUACUUUUGGUGCCCCACUCUAUGGGACAGGGUUUUGCUUUUCCCGGCACUUUUAUCGCUAUUCUUGCGGCAAGCGAGCAGGCGGAGCAGGCCGUAGUCACCAGCACCUUGAUACUUUGGCGCAGCGUGGGUACCGUCCUAGGCAUAGCAGGAAGCAGCCUCAUUAUCCAGAACUCACUGUGGGUCUACCUCGACAUGUAUGUCACCGAAGGGGCGGCCCGAGACGCUGGGUUCUUGGGGGGUAAGCAAGAGGUGAUUGAAACAGUCAGGGAAAGUAUCGAGGCAAUCGGGAACAUGGGGGGCCUCAUACAGGAGCAGGUGGUGGCGAGUUACGAGGCUUCUAUCAGGGCCGCCUUCCUGUCCUGUAUCAUUCUCGCCAUAGCCGGCCUUGUGCUGCUAUUGCCAAUCAGGCUGCCGCGGUUGGGCGAGAGGAAGAAGUAGUUAGAUGGGCUGUGACAAAGUCGUGACAAUUCCAGAACCCCCCUGGGCGGUUGUGCCCUUUGAAGAUCCUGGCGCUACUGCGUUUUUUGUUUGAGAGUACAUGGGCAGCUGUGACAUGAUGAGAACUGAAAGCACUGUCGUGAUGAGUGCGCUGAGGAACAAACGUAUAUCAAGCCGCUGGUCUGCCAGGAUACAGCCGACAUGAUAAGAAUGUGGUGGUGGGUAGGUGUUGACGUUUGACGCAGCGAAGCGAGGAUGCCCAGGUGUAAAGCAGCCAAACCUGGAGACAC